AUGAGUGCACCGAAGCACAGGCACGACGGGACUUCGCCUCUGCCUUUGGGUAUGGAUUGGAGUCCUCCCCCUCGUAACUGGGCGGGGAGCGAAACUGUUUGGCCUCAUGAUCCUCACACAGGUUGGAGUUACUGUGUUACCGUACCAUCCUGGGUUGUCCUUGCGAAGUCGAGAGAUUCAGAUCCUAUAGUGUUUUACAGGGUAAUGGUCGGCAUACAAUCACCGGCAGGGGUUACAACCACAAGAACUGUAUUAAGAAGAUUUAAUGAUUUCUUGAAGCUGCAUGCUGCACUUAAAAGAGCAUUUCCACGUAAGAACCUUCCGCCAGCCCCCCCAAAGGGAUUCUUGCGAAUGAAAACUAGAGCAAUGUUGGAAGAGAGACGGAAUUCUUUGGAGGAUUGGAUGGCAAGGUUGCUAUCGGACAUUGACUUAUCAAGAAGUACUGCAGUCGCAUCCUUCCUUGAACUGGAAGCUGCUGCUAGAUCAUCAUUCCAAAAAGAUGGCCAGAAUAGUCCAGAUUCAAGUAUUACAGUGACUACAACAGUCCCGCCACUUCAGUUUCAUCCAAAUUCGAGCUUGUCUGUGGUAGCUGGUAGUUCAGCACUGACAUCAGAUUAUGGUAGUGAUACUGCUUACGAGACGUCUGAGAUUGGAACACUAAGCCUUGGGAGGGAUAACUCUGAAGUUGGGACAGAGGAUCUAUCACUGGAUGACGACUUAACAAGUCCGAUAGAUAAGUUUGUUAAGUAUGGCAUGUCGAAUAUCGAUGAGGGUUUGUCUAUGGGACAGGCUAUUUUAGAGCAGCUUGAAGGUCUUCCAAAGCAUAAACUGUAUGCCAAAGAGAUUCAUAGUAAUGUGGAGAACAAUAAUAGCAAUGGUGGUCCUUCUAAAAUCUCUCAUCAAACUGGGGAUAGGUUGGAACUUCUUUCAGAACAAGAGCAUGGUACAGUUGGUCUUCAUACUCGAAAGGUCUCAAGCGAGAGUAUUGGAAGUGACAGGAGUUCUCAAAGGGGCAGCACAUUGUCAAAUUCAGCAAUUUCUAUUUCAAAUGGGUACGCGCCUAUUGACAUUUACAGUGGGGCUGAGGCCUCGAGAAACAUUGGAACUCUUGGAAACACAGAUUUUCAGCUUCCAGAUGAUGUACAACUGGUUCUCCCAAUGGAUCAGCGCCAGAAAAUGAACAGGGUAGUUACAUUAAUGCAACGGAGGCUGGUCGCUGCCAAAACUGACAUGGAGGAUCUCAUAUCACGGUUAAAUCAAGAAAUUGCUGUGAAAGACUAUCUUGCAACAAAGGUGAAGGAUUUGGAAGGGGACCUUGAAACUACUAAACAAAAAAGUAAAGAGAAUCUUGAACAAGCUAUCUUGAUUGAAAGGGAAAGAGUCACCCAAAUGCAAUGGGACAUGGAAGAACUUCGGCGUAGAUCAAUGGAAAUGGAGUUGAAGUUGAACUCUCAACAGGGCCAAAAACUAGAUACAAUAUCUGUCAGUCCAGAGAAAGAUGCAAUGCAGCAGGACUUGGAUUCCACAAAGCAACAGCUAGAAGAAUUGAAGAAGCGACAUCAAGAACUGGAAGUGAAGUCAAAAGCUGAUAUUAAAGUUCUUGUAAAAGAAGUUAAAUCUCUAAGAAGUUCUCAAGUAGAAUUGAAGCAGCGACUUAGUCAAUCGCUUAAUGAAAAAUCUGAGGCUGAGGAACUCCUUCAAAAAGAGAGAGAGAGAACUGAGCAAGCAAGAACCUCUUGGAGGAAGCUGCUACACAAGUGCAAGAUUCUUCACAAUCAGCUGCAGGAAUGCCAGGUUUAUUUAAUACAUAAAACAGAAGAUAAUCUAGUCAUGGAUAUUCCAUCAGAGUUGAACGCUUUAGAUCCUGUAGCCACAUCUGACAAUCAUAUUGGCCUUCUGAUUGAAGAGGCGCAGCAUUUAACUGAGAAUGCAGAUUACUCGUCUUCAACUAUUAAUGGAGAUACUAAUCUGGAUGAUAGCACGAGCUCAGUGGAUGAAGAGCUGACGAGGAUGUUGACAACCUUCUUAGUCGAUAAUGGUGUAUUGAGAAAACAGGUGAAUUCCACUAUUCUUUAUGCUCUUCAGUUGAAAAAAUCACUUGAGAAAGGUGAUUGCGAUCCCCCUUCAGAUGUAAAUGUACAAAAUGAGGUUUCACAAUGA